AUGGGCUUCUCAGGAGUGCUAGAACUUGUGGCAUCAAGUGUUUCUAAUGGGCACAAUGCCGUUAGUAACCGACUACGUGCAAUCGAUCCAUUGUGGCUUGUUCUUGGAACUGUAGGAGGGACAGUAAUCUAUCUGAAGGUGGUUCGACUAUAUAGGCGUAGCGAAGAGCCCUUGCUUAAGCGUAUGACUGCCUAUGCAUUCUCCCAAAUUCGUCGUUUACCUCUUGUGAAGAAGAAAAUAGACAAGGAACUAGCAGGUGCCAAGAAGGAGAUAAUUGAAACGAUUCACAAGGAUGACAGCGAUAGGGUGUUUAUUUCUGAACUACCGGUGAAAGCCAUUUCGUCGGAUUCAGUACUUGAUCUUGCUAGCAAGUAUGAAAUGUACGGUAAAUUUGCUAUUGAUGAGGGUCGUGUCUCUGGUGCUGUUUACACUGAUAGGUCUCCGCAACAUAUCGAACUCUUGACCAAGAUCUACAGCAAAUAUGCCUAUUCAAAUCCACUUCACCCAGAUGUUUUUCCGGGAGCCCGUAAAAUGGAAGCAGAGACAAUUCGCAUGGUCUUAAAUCUGUACAAUGCUCCACCGGAAAGUUCUGGGAGUCUCACAACUGGCGGAACAGAAUCAAUAAUUCUUGCUUGUUUGGCAUACAGGAACAGGGUUUUGCAACUAGGCGUUGAAACUCCUGUUAUUGUUUGUGCAAGAACGGCGCAUGCUGCUUUUGAUAAGGCGGCUUUUCUUUGCGGUAUGCGUGUUCGUCAUGUAGAUGUGGAUAACAACAAUCGGGUCGAUAUAAAGCUUAUGGAGAAGGCAAUAGACUCUGAUGUCUGCAUGCUUGUAGCAUCCGCGCCUAAUUUCCCGUCAGGUACUGUGGAUCCUGUGCCAGAAGUAGCCAAGCUUGGAAGCAAGUAUGGGAUUCCAGUGCAUGUUGAUGCAUGUCUAGGAGGAUUUCUUAUUCCAUUUAUGGCUGAUUGUGGAUUCAGUAUACCUAUCUUUGAUUUUCGAAAUCCUGGUGUGACUAGUAUCAGUUGCGACACUCACAAGUACGGCUGCACACCGAAAGGAAGUUCAGUAGUAAUGUACCGUUCCAAGGAAUUAUUGCACUACCAAUAUUUCUCAGUUCCUGAGUGGACCGGUGGAAUUUAUGCUACCCCGACCAUAUGCGGAAGCCGUGCUGGAGCCAAUUCAGCCGCCGCUUGGGCCACAUUAUUGUCAUUUGGUAGAAAUGAAUAUCGCAAAAGAUGUGAGGCGAUCAUUUCCAACGCAAGGAAAAUAGCAGCAGGCAUAGAAACUAUCAACGGAUUAGAGCUUCAUGGCUCUCCAGACGUAUCGGUGGUUGCUUUCAAGAGCUCAUCAUUCAAUAUUUUUGCAGUUAGUGAUAAAAUGAACAAGAGAGGAUGGAAUUUGAACACUCUUCAGAAUCCUAAUGCUAUUCACAUAUGUCUUACCUACAAUCACGCCAGUCAAAAGGUGGUUGAUUCUUUUCUCAAAGAUCUCGCAGAAGUUACUACUGAAGUGAUUGUCAGCUCCGACAAAGGAGAAAAAAGUCCCACGGCAGCUCUCUACGGAAUGGCAGCUCAAAUUCCCGACAAGUCCUUAGUGGACGAAAUGACGUUUGAGUUUCUCGAUGCGUGUUAUGCGGAACCUCCUCAACACUAA